CAUUUUCAUUUAACAUUGGCUGGCACUACAUCGUCCGAAAGUGUGAAACGGGAAAAAAUUAUUCGUUCGAAUCGUUGUCGUGGUGUCGUGAAUGUGUGAGUGAAAUUCAUAAAAGAUAAAAUAACAGAAACUAAGCGAAUUAUUGGUAAAAUAUAGAGCUUACCGUCCGACUAAGUUGAUAACGGUAAAAAUUGUCACCUCAUCAAUUUUAACAAAGAUAUAACAAAACGAAAUACUUGCAAUUCAAAACAAAAAAAGUUUAACCAAAUACGCAUUCGCUCUCCAUCAUCAUCUGCCAUCCGAAAAACAGGCUGAAAAUAGAGUAUUCGUAAUAAAUCCCCCCCGUUUUGGAAAAGAAUUGAAACGAUCCCAAUUUUAUCGUACAAAUGUUGCUGUCUACCGCUGUUUGUUCGUAGCAUCGAUUUCUAAGAAACUACGUUCUCUUUUCUUUUUUUCUAAAAUUUUGUAUUUUAAAAAAGCUUCUCUAACUCUCCGUCCACACUCUACCUUGCUAAUAUGCUGUGCAAGUGAGUGAACAAACCAACAAGAACCCAAUAACAGCAGCAGCAGUCGAAGAGAGCAGAUCAACGUUUAUUUUUUUUGUUUAUUUUUCCACAAUUUUUAUAGUUGGAAUAUUUGCCUUUAAUUGUUGUUUUUUACUUAUUGUUGGGGUAUUGUGGAGAGAACAACAAAAUAAUCCUAACAAAUUGUUCAAAGAGGGAGCGCUCGCGAGUGUCAGUGUCAUAAUCGGUGGCGGCAUUCAUAAUAAUAAAUUCGUCAACAUACCGCAAAAGCAUCAGCGACAGCAGCGACACAAGAAAAAUAAAACACCACACAACAAGAGAAGCAACUCAGACAGAGAGUAGUGUAAAAAAUGUCUUUUCGUGUAGUCAGAAGUUCAAAAUUUCGUCACGUUUACGGUCAAGCUCUAAAACGUGAACAAUGCUACGACAACAUACGUGUCUCAAAGAGCAGUUGGGAUUCCACUUUUUGUGCGGUGAAUCCAAAGUUUUUGGCUAUCAUUGUGGAGUCAGCAGGUGGCGGUGCCUUCAUAGUUCUGCCACACAAUAAGGUUGGCCGAAUUGCUGCCGAUCAUCCUCUUGUGGGCGGUCACAAGGGUCCUGUUCUUGAUAUUUCCUGGUGUCCGCACAACGACAAUGUCAUCGCUUCCGGUUCGGAAGAUUGUGUUGUUAAAGUUUGGCAAAUUCCAGACGGUGGCCUAUCGAGGACCCUUACUGAACCCGUCGUGGAUUUGGUAUUCCAUCAGCGACGUGUUGGUUUAGUAGUUUGGCAUCCCUCCGCUUUAAAUGUUCUGCUGACUGCUGGCUCAGAUAAUCAGGUUGUCAUUUGGAACGUUGGUACCGGUGAGAUUUUGGUUCACAUCGACUCACAUCCGGACAUUGUCUACAGUGCCUGUUUCAAUUGGGAUGGCUCAAAAUUGGUUACCACCUGCAAAGAUAAGAAGAUUCGUAUCUAUGAUCCUCGUACCGGUGAAGUGGAAAGCGAAGCUGUCUGUCACGAAGGCUCAAAGGCCACAAGAGCUAUAUUCCUGCGCCACGGUCUAAUCUUUACCACCGGUUUCAAUCGUUCCUCCGAACGGCAAUAUUCAUUGCGUGCCCCCGACGCUCUAAGUGAUCCCAUUGUUAUGGUUGAAUUGGAUACAUCAAACGGUGUAAUGUUCCCACUAUAUGACCCUGAUACCAACUUAAUUUACCUCUGUGGUAAAGGUGAUUCUGUGAUCAGAUAUUUUGAAGUAACGCCUGAGCCACCAUUUGUUCACUAUAUCAAUACCUUCCAAACACCCGAUCCACAACGUGGCAUUGGCAUGAUGCCAAAGCGUGGUUGCGAUGUCACAACCUGUGAAAUUUCCAAAUUUUACCGUCUCAACAACAAUGGCCUCUGUCAAGUCAUCUCGAUGACUGUACCCCGCAAAUCGGAUUUGUUCCAAGAGGACUUGUAUCCCGACACUUUAGCCGAAGAUGCUGCCAUCACUGCGGAAAAAUGGAUAAUGGGCGAGGAUGCGGACCCCGUAACAUUUUCGCUUAAAGAUCGUGUUUCUAUUGUACAGGGUGGCUAUGUAUCGCAGUCGGCGACGAAAUCACUGUCGGUAUCGAAGAAGGCCAACAUCUUGAAUAAAUCGGCCGUGGGAACCUCAAAGAGUGCCAGCAGUGCGACACUGGGAUCGGGCGGCGGCGGCGGCAGCAGUGCCUCCAAUAACAAUUCUUCAGCAUCUGCGCCGAUUAGCGGAAUAACCGAAAAAGAUUUACGUGACAUAACCGAUGAAAUCCGCAAACUGAAGGCUAUCAUUGUCAAGCACGAGAAUCGUAUUCGGGCUCUAGAAGCAACAAUACGGGAGCAGGAGGAACAUGCCGAAAGUGCUGCGCCCAAAGCCAACAACACCACCACCAGCAGCAGCAGCAAUGACACCAAAGCCACCAGCGACAGCAAUAACACCAACAAGGAAGAUGCCAAUGGUUCUGCUGCAACAACAGCAGCGUCAGAGGAUGUGUAAAAGCGGAGGAUUUAGUUGCCGCCUUCUCUUCUGUUCUGUUCACACACACACACACACACACACUCUCUCACACAACUCUCUAUCGAACUGAAGCAACAAACUUUUGUUUUCAACAACUUGAACAUAUGCAAAGAAAGCCCCCCCCCCACUUCAUCAUCUAAACAAACGGACGUGUGAUGGAUCGUCUGUGCCCACCAAACAACCUGUCAACCACCCUCCUUCUCUUUUACAUUUAAAAAGAAAAAAAUAAUACCUAUCUACUACAUAUAAUGUUGUAUUACAAACAAAUUACAAACGACAACAAAUAUUUAAACUAAAUCACAACAACCACAAUGAUCAUGUCACGCAAAGCAAAGAAAGGAUUUACAUAUACCUAUAUGAUUAUUUUUUUUUUAAUUUUUAUUAAACUUAUUUUCUUUUAUUUAAUGUUUUGUACUCUCUCUCUCUCUCUUAAUUUUAUUUUAUUUUUCAAAUCAUUCAAUUCAUUUGUUUUUGUAUUAUCUUUUUAGUUUUGUAUUGCUAUUCGUAUUAUUUUUUCCAAUCAUUAUUUACUUUCUUAAAUAUUUAUUAUAGCUCACAGCAACAACAACCACAACAACAAGUCUUAACCAGAGAUCCGCGCCUUUUUUCUCUCUCAUUAAUGUAAUUUUUAUUAUUAUUAUUUUUUUUUCUAUAAAAAAUUGUUUUUUAUAAUUGUA